AGACUCUCUCUCUCUGUCCCAAUGUCAGCCUCACGCUUGCCCAAGCGAAGCUCAAUUCCCAGCUCGCCUUCCCUCCCAGGCCUGGAAAGGGUUAAGUAAGGUGGGCCUUCCUCCCGCCCCCUCUCCCUCGGGCUGGGAUUCCAGGCCUGGCUUCUGCCCUUUCGCUCCAGCCUGCCCAGAACAAAGGCCCUUUCACACCCUUGUCCCAGUGUCCCUGGCCUUCUCUGACUCAGAAGCUAGUGGGCUUGGGGGAGAGGACCUUUGCUGGGGACCUGCCCCUAAACUACUUGCCCUGAGGAACCCGCAUCGGGCCAGCAUGGGGGAAUGAGGGGCAAGGCCGGGGACAGAGGAGGGACUUGUGAGCUGGCGCCGCCCCUGCGAUCAGCCCGGCCUUCGGUGGCCAGCGCUGAGGAGCCGGGGCGGAGCCGCAGGGCCCGGCUGGCCGCCGAGCGGAGUGUGACUCCGUGGGCCUAGGGUGGAGGGGGGCAAAGCUGCAGCUGGCUGGGAAUCGGGGCUGGUUUCCUGUCUGGAAGGGAAGGGGCCUGCAGAGGGGAGCGGGGGCAGCAGCAGACAGGCACACCCCUGCCUUCCUCCCUCCCUCUCCUCCCUUCUGCUGGAAAAGCGAGCUGGGAGAACAGCUGCCACCAAAGCAAGACUGGACACUCUGUGCCCAGAGCCCCCUCUGCAGCUGGCCUUACCUCCUGGGACCCCACUCAUCUUCACCUUACUUUCCUUUCCUCCCUUGCCUGGCUCCCAACAGGGCCUUGGAACAGCAGUAGGAGAGGAAAUUUUGUCACAGCAGCCAGAGGGGUCUAACGAGUGCACAGGGACAGGGCAGCCUCUGCCCAAGAGCUGGUCACCUCUUUCAAGACUGAGGGAACAGUGGGAGGAGGAAUUGUGGGACAGCGUGGUGCCUACCUGCCCCCCUCUGGAGGGGUCUACAAGGGAAGGGGCACUGGGGGGCACAGAGAUGCAGGACAGAUUGCACAUCCUGGAGGACCUGAAUAUGCUGUACAUUCGGCAGAUGGCACUCAGCCUGGAGGACACAGAGUUGCAGAGGAAGCUAGACCAUGAGAUCCGGAUGAGGGAAGGGGCCUGUAAGCUGCUGGCAGCCUGCUCCCAGCGAGAGCAGGCUCUGGAAGCCACCAAGAGCCUGCUUGUGUGCAACAGCCGCAUCCUCAGCUACAUGGGUGAGCUGCAGCGGCGCAAGGAGGCGCAGGUGCUGGAGAAGACAGGCCGGCGGCCUUCUGACAGCAGCUCGCCUGCUGAGCGCUCCCCCAGCCGCGGUCGGGUCUGCAUCUCCGACCUCCGGAUUCCACUCAUGUGGAAGGACACAGAAUAUUUCAAGAACAAAGGUGACUUGCACCGCUGGGCUGUGUUCCUACUUCUGCAGCUAGGGGAACACAUUCAGGACACAGAGAUGAUCCUAGUGGACAGGACACUCACAGACAUCUCCUUUCAGAACAAUGUGCUCUUCACUGAGGUGGGGCCAGACUUUGAACUACGGCUGGAGCUGUAUGGGGCCUGUGUGGAAGAAGAAGGUGCCCUGGCAGGUGCCCCCAAGAGGCUUGCCACCAAACUCAGCAGCUCGCUGGGCCGCUCCUCAGGGAGACGUGUCCGAGCAUCGCUGGACAGUGCUGGGGGUUCAGGAAGCAGUCCCAUCUUGCUCCCCACCCCAGCUGUGGGUGGUCCUCGUUACCACCUCUUGGCUCACACCACUCUCACCCUGGCAGCAGUGCAAGAUGGGUUCCGCACACAUGACCUCACCCUUGCCAGUCAUGAGGAGAACCCUGCCUGGCUGCCCCUUUAUGGUAGCGUGUGUUGCCGCCUGGCGGCUCAGCCUCUCUGCAUGACUCAGCCCACAGCAAGUGGUACCCUCAGGGUGCAGCAAGCAGGGGAGACGCAGAACUGGGCACGAGUGCAUGGAGUCCUGAAAGGCACAAACCUCUUCUGUUACCGGCGACCUGAGGAUGCAGACACUGGAGAAGAGCCGCUGUUUACUAUUGCCAUCAACAAGGAGACUCGAGUCCGGGCCGGGGAACUGGACCAGGCCCCAGGACGGCCUUUCACCCUAAGUGUCAGUAACCGGUACGGAGAUGACGAGGUGACGCACACCCUUCAGACAGAGAGUCGAGAAGCCCUGCAGAGCUGGAUGGAGGCUCUGUGGCAGCUUUUCUUUGACAUGAGCCAGUGGAAGCAGUGCUGUGAUGAAAUCAUGAAAAUUGAAACUCCUGCUCCCCGGAAACCACCCCAAACAAUGGCCAAGCAGGGGUCCUUGUACCAUGAGAUGGCUAUUGAGCCGCUGGAUGACAUCGCAGCGGUGACAGACAUCCUGGCCCAGCGGGAGGGAGCAAGGCUGGAGGCACCCCCACCCUGGCUAGCAAUGUUUACAGACCAGCCUACCCUGCCUAACCCCUGCUUGCCUGCAUCAGUGGCUCCAGCCCCAGCCUGGACCCACCCCCUGCCCUGGGGGCGACCCCGAACCUUUUCCUUGGAUGCUGUCCCCCCAGACCAUUCCCCUGGGGCUUCCCGCUCGGUUGCCCCUCUCCCUGUGCAGCGAUCCCCACGGUCCAGAGGCCUCUGCAGCAAAGGCCCACCCCGCACUUGGCUCCAGUCACCAGUGUGAGAAAGAAAGGUGCUGGCAACAGGAUCUUGCCAGAAGAGAAAAUGACAAACCCAUGUGCAAUUGGGCUCUGGAUACGACACUGUCUGUAGCAAGUUGACCAGCUUGGCCUCUUCUUCCUCUGCUGGACUGGGGAUAGGCUGGGGAAGGGGGUCAGAAGCCCCUCUUAAGUUGUGGUUGCCAUGGUACUGAGGGACUCAUUCCCGAAGCUGGCUGGGACCCCCUAAACCCUUCCUGGGAGAAAACUGGAACCAACUAUGCCCUACCUCCCUGCACUAACCAACUUUGAGGAUGGCACUGAAGAGCCCUGGGAGGGAAGGCACCUCCCUUGUGACUCCCACAUCAACUAUUAAAGUUAUUUAACAGCAGGCUUUACCUGGUUCUUGA